GACGCAUUGUCAUAUGUCAAACUAAAACCUCAAAAACCAAAACAUUGUGUAAUGUGUACGUUCAUAUUCAAUUCCAUUAAGCUUACUGUCCUAAACGUUUUAUAAAAAUAAAAGGUCUAUUAAGAUGAUAAGGCGACCCAAACCUGGCGACGACGAAGAAGAUAUCCUCCGAAUGCAGGAGGAAUUUCUUAAAGAAAAAAGUAAGAAUCAAAGCUUACAACCUUCAGCACAAGUAGUUAAUUUGCGUCGUACCGAACAUCAGACCACAAAACGGAGUAAAGAAACUCCAUCUGGGCUUAGGAAGCCGUCGAAAUAUGCACAAUCCAAAGGCCUUACUAAUCAUUCAGAAAAACGUCCACGCGUCGAAGAUACAGGUGCAAGUGUGCUUGGUGAUAUUCUAGAAAAGAAUGUAUCUGAUUCAACACCACAUAAAGCCUCCGAAUAUGAUGAUGACAAAGUAUACUAUCCGAAACCAAUACCUUCUGUGUUAGGUGAUAUUCAAGAAAAGAAUAUUGAUGUUCCUGUUGAUUUAAAUUUCAAGCCUAUGCCAUCGCAAGGCUUUCCCAUUGUCACUAAACGGGAUCCUACUAUUAAACCUAGCAAAAAGAGCAUACACACACAGUGCAUCCAAAAAGAAAAACAAAAUAACAUUGAACAAAUGGAAACAGAUUUGAGUUCUUCUUCAAGUACAUUUAUAAAUCAAGGCUUAAAUCUUCCAAAUCAUAGCUACAUAAUAACCAACCAAGAUGCAGACAGUAUUCAUAGCGAGAAUGUUAAUAUUUUAAACAAAAUGUCAGAAAAGGAAAUUUUAGAAGAGAAAGAGAAAAUAAUGGCUAGUCUAGAUCCACAAAUCAUUGAAUUUAUAAGAAAAAAACGAAAUAAAGAACCUAUAAAUGAUAAUAAAAUGUCUGACAAACCAAGAUUAGAAGUAAAAGAAGAGACAAUGGAAUGCAUAGAAACAACAGAAUCCAGAGUUGAUAAUGAUAGUUUGUGGGAAAAUGAUGUACUUUCCCACCCACAUGUAGAUAGAUGGUUACACUUUGAAAGCUUGGAAAAAGAUAAGUUAGAAUGGAUUAAAGGUAUGGAAGAAAACAAGUUAAAAACAGAUGAACCAUAUGAAGCAAGGUUUGAUUUCAAGGGGUAUUUAUUGCCCUACACAAUUGAAUAUACUGAGAAAACAAAAACAUUAUUUCAUCAUGGUGAAGAGCCACAUAGACCAGGGUAUUCUCUGACUGAAUUACUUGAACUGUCACGGUCUACUAUAACACAGCAAAGAGUAGUGUCCCUCAAUACUCUUGCUGGUAUUCUGCAGUAUUAUAAUGCUGGAAUCUAUAAAAAUAUCAUUGAGUUACCUCUAAGUAAACUGUUCUUUGUUAUAAGAAUAGCUAUGGAUGAAAACAAAGUUAUUAUCUUGGAGCCAGCUUUAAAAGCAAUGAGAAAUUUACUUUUCAAUAGAAUAGAUGAAGCAUCUUUAGAUGCUUUAAUAGGUUUCAGAGAAGGUACCUACCAACCCUGUUUAGAACAUGAUCGGUCAGAAAUAGAAGAAAUUGAGUCAAAAGAAUCAGAGUUAAAGGAUUUUCAUUUGGCUGAGAUAGAUAUCAUUGCUGCUGUGUUAAGAACAGAAAUCUUGCAGAGGGUAUACUACAUAUUGAAGCAUAUUAAACCAUCAUUUAAUUGUGUACAAUAUUCCUUGCAAAUUUUAACAAGAUUAGCUAGAGAUUCUGUGGAUACAGCAAGAAAAAUUGUGAACAUGGAUCAUUUGAUGGAUGCAAUAUUUAAAUAUUUUGUACCAAGAACAAGUAUAAACUUUAUGUUUGAUCCAUCAAUUGUUUAUAAUGGAAAACCUAUACUUGCUGCACUGAAAUUGUUAAGGGUUAUUUCUUUAACUUCAAGAGAUGUUGGAGAGAGACUUCUGUCAAAGUAUGAUGUAUUUUCAAUAAUGUCUGAAUAUGUGAGUUCUGGAGUAGAUGGGACUUAUGGACUUAAAGUUCAAAUAGAGGCUUAUUGCAUAUUGUCUAACUUGCUUCAAUUUAAGCUAGGCUUAGAAAAUGCUGUAUCUUUAUGUCCAAUAAUAAUCACAACAUUGUACAAACAUGUUCAAGGUACAAGUAUCUAUAUGAAUUCUUCAAUUUUAUCAGCUUCCCAUGCUGCUGUAGUUUUACAAUUUAUUGAUGGUUUAAUAAGAUGUGGUGUAAAUUUAGAAUAUAAGGCACAAAUAUAUCCCUUACUGAAAGAAGGAAUGCAGAAAUGGCUCUCCCAAAUGUCUCAUUUUGAUAAUUAUACUUGUGGCCAUUUGAGAUUAGUAUGCUCCAUCUUGAACUGCUUUGAGACUGUAAUCAUUAAUGAAAAUAUCUCCAUCCAAAUACUAAAUGAGACACUUUUAAAAUUAAGUAAAUCUCAAGGAUUUAAUAUGAUAAUGAACAAUUUGAUAACAAGUUCUAAUCUAUUAUCUGGGAUUGAUGAUAAAGAUUUACAUUUGACUAAAAAUUUAACAUCAUUGGGUUCAUCCGUGAUUGAUUCACAACAAAAAGUGCUUCCUAUAUUGUAUGUGGCAUCUCCAAUACCAUGUUUAUCAUCAUUGUUCAAAUUAUUAGUUGUAUUAAAUGACAAACAAAUAUCAUUAUCAUUUUUAGAGCAAACCCUUCCAUAUUUGAGAAAACUAGCUGAAAAAGCACCAACUUUAAUAAACAAUUGGUUCACCAGGAUGGAAAGCGAUUUUGUAUUUAGUUUGGUUAAUCUUGCAAUUCAGUCGGACAUUCCUGAAUCUCUUAAGGACUUGGUCUAUGCCGUAGCUAGCAAAUUGUGUUAUAUACUAAGAACAGAUAAGAGAUUUGAAUUAGAAUUUCUGUUUAAUAAUAUCAUUUUCAAUGAUAAAUGGUUUACCGCUGAACGCUUGUUUAAUCUUGUAUCGUUGUCUGAAGCAGAUGGAUUUUCAAAAGCAUUGACAAAUAUACAAGAUAUAAAGUUGUGUUAUAGUAAAGUGUGCAAUAUAAACUAUGUUGACGCUGGUCCAUUUGUUGCUUUUAAAAAGUGGCAAGAACCCAUACUCCCACGUGAUUGGAUAUACCUACCCAUACUUUCUCUGUAUAGUAAGAGUCAAGAGAAACCUGACCCUAGUGUGGUUGGUGAACACGCGAAGAAGGUUGCACAAAAAAUAGCCACAGAAAAGGAGACCAUCAUUAGAAGCAGUCUAGAAUGGAUAGUUUUCAAUGAAUUAUGUUUCCCAGAUUUACUCAAUGACAUAGGUCUGACCGAUAGAUUCUGUCGACUAAUGUGUGUAUUUUUAUGUGAUAAUUCAUUAUUUUUAGAUGCAAAAAUCAAAAUAUUGCUGACAAAAUGUACACAGAUACUAUUCAAAAAUGGCACAAAGUUUGAUUUUGAUAAAGAACUGAUGGGAUUAAAUAAUUUUCAAGAUUUUUAUACGCAACUCUUGGAACAGUUUCAGUCUGUGAGUUACGGUGACCAUACAUUUGCUGCUUGUGUUUUAGUGCCACUAGCACAGCGGCAUAAUGUGAAAUGGAGAAAACUUUUAUGGUCAGAGUAUGCUGGAUGUUUAAGGGCACUUGACUGCCCUGAUGAUAUGCUCUGCUAUGUCCUAGAUGCCUAUAUAUACCCUGAAGAAUCCGAUGAAUCAGUGGUUAAAUCAUACUUCAGAGCCCUAUCGAGCAGCUUGUUGCGUCCAGGUACCAUCGCGUAUAAAAUUGCACAUCAUCAUGUAGAAUGUUAUAAAAAAAGAAAAGUGGAUGAUAAAUAAAUGAUUUUACAUACCUGUUUGUUUUAUUA